AUGUCGUCCCUCUUCCAGAAUGCGUACUACCUCGCCAUCAACUUCAAUGCGAUCCUUUAUGGCGUGGAACUCGUGUUGUACGGAAUGACGAUGAACGCCCUCGUGAACCACCGCAAGCAGUGGACGCGGACGGACAAGUUCUACAUGGCGUUCAGCACCGCGCUGCUCGUCCUCAUCACCAUCUACAUGUCCACCGAAGCCGUCUUCGGACAGGAGAUGUGGAUAGUGCAUGCCGACUCGCCCGGGGGCUCGCUCGAGUUCCUCAUCGAGAACGCGGACAUCUGGUACCAGACGAUGUGCACGACGGCAUCUGUGAUCCUCAACCUGUUCAGCGAUGCGCUCCUCAUCUACCGGAUGUACGUCGUCUGGACGAGCUAUCGCGUGAUCUUUUUCCCGUGCUUCCUAUACGUCGCCACCAUCGGCCUCGGCAUCAUCGAGCUGUACGCGUCCGGCAAGCCAAACGCAGACUUCUUCGUCGGGACGGCGCAGCAGCUCGGCGUCGCGUACUACACGACGACCAUCGCGCUGAACAUCAUCGCGACGGGCGUGAUCACCGCGCGGCUCGCGCACCUCGGGCGCGCGCUCGAGGCCGCGCGGAACACGCAGGACCGCGGGCGCAGCGCGCGCCGCUACACGGGCACGCUGCCCAUCGUCGUCGAGUCUGCGCUGCCGUACUCCAUGGCCGGCUUCGCGUUCCUCGUCGCGUAUGGGCUCCAGAGCGACAUCUCGAUCCUGUUUGGCGCGUUCUACGGCAUGUUCACGUGCAUCUCCCCGCAGCUCAUCGUGUUGCGCGUUGUGACCGGGCAGGCGUGGACGAAGGACCAGACGGCACAGUCCGUGUCCGCGCUGGAGUUCGAGAACCUGGGUGCGAGCCGCGCGGCUGCGACGACUACGGUGGUGCCAGAAGAGGGUACAUCGACGAUGGACCACAAGUCCCUGAACUCGGUGCAGGAGAUGGCAUGAGGGACCGGGCCUGUUGCUGUACGAUCAUGACGACGAAAAUGCUCUUACGGCCCUGCGAUGAUCCUAACCUAUGGCUUCGACGUUUGACUUGCU